AAAAAAAAAAAAAAAAAUCUGUUACUUACAAAAUUAGCAAGAAUGAAGAUCCAAUGUGACGUAUGCGGAAAAGAAUCAGCAACUGUUUUCUGCGCCUCGGACGAGGCUGCCCUUUGCCAUAUGUGCGACAAUCGAGUUCACAACGCGAAUAAGCUCGCGAGCAAGCACCCUCGAUUUUCCCUUCUCAGCCCUCAGUUCAAAGAAUCUCCAAACUGUGACAUUUGCCAGGAUAGGCAGGCAUUGCUAUUCUGCCAAGAAGAUAGGGCACUGCUCUGCAGAGAUUGUGACAUACCAAUACACAAAGCCAAUGACCUCACCGAAAAGCACAACAGGUUCUUACUGACGGGUGUCAAGCUCUCGGCCGCUGCCUCGUCAUAUGAAGCUGGGACCUCCUCUAGUGGAUCACGGACCGAACAGGAAAUCAAAGUUAAUGGUUAUUACCAGCAGAACUCGAUUUCAUACGGUUCCGAGUCAGCAUCUAAUCCAUUCAGGGACAGCGAGUCGAGCCAGAUUCCGAACAAGCAGUAUUCGGACUCAACAAAUAAUAGUAUUUCAGAGUAUUUGAUGGAGACAAUAACCGGGUGGCCGGUCGAGGACUUUCUUGAUCCUUCUUCCAAUUAUGGUUUCUGUAAGAUUCAUGAGCAGAACUUAUCCUUUUGUCAAUGAAACUCCCGAUUUUAUCCUGCAAAGACAAUCCUAAUGUGUUCACAUAGUGUACCGGCUCAUAAUCGAAAUUCCAGCAAAGGCAAGAGACAAUGUGUUCUGACAUUUUUUGUGGAGUCACAUUAUGGUGUCCUCCAUUUCAUCUCUAUAUUUCUUUUGUAACCCCACCAAAGAACACCUUUGUUAAGUUGCUUAGUUGAAGCUACACAAUUAUGAAUUUCGUCGAUUUAAAAUUUAAUUCAAGUUUAUGUCUUCUGGUUUUGUGCAAAUCCUUUUCUA